UGCUCUCUCUCCCCUGUAAGGAGAUCCGAUUACCGGAGGGCGGGCUAACAGCCCGACAGCCCGACACACUCGAGGAAAUAUCGUAGUGUGUGCACAAGUUGAAGGCUCAAGGCAGGAGUAAGAUCAUUUGCACUUCUUGGCAGCUCUGUGAAUGAGAUUGAGAAUUUUUUUUUUCUUUGUCCUGAGGAAACAGAAAACAGAGGGAAUAAGGCUGUCUGUUCAUACCUGGUCAUAUCAUGCUCAUGUCAUGAUCAGCAACUUCUUUUACUUUACUGCCUCUAAUAGUCUUGCUGUUGCUGCUGCUGUUGCUUUCUUUGUUGAGCCAUGCAUUUUUCAUAGGCAUGUUUAUGGAGUUUGUGGCCUGGAAACGUGCAAAUUUGAUUCGAGUUAAAGGUUUGACAGCAAGGAGUGACUGGGACUUCAGUUGGAGUGGAGUUCAAGAAGGAGAAACCUGGAUCUGAACCUGAACCUGAACUUCAAUCAAGCUCUUCCAUCCUUAAAAAUCCUUAAAAAGUCAAAGACCAACAAAAAACAUGUCCAUGCCGCCCAGUUUCGGCUUCACGCAAGAGCAGGUGGCCUGCGUCUGUGAGGUCCUUCAGCAGGGGGGGAGCAUCGAGCGCCUCGGACGCUUCCUCUGGUCCCUGCCGGCCUGCGAGCACCUGCACAAGAACGAGUCGGUGCUGAAGGCCAAGGCCGUGGUGGCCUUCCACCGGGGCAACUUCAGGGAGCUCUACAAAGUGCUGGAGAGCCACCAGUUCUCUCCACACAACCACCCCAAGCUGCAGCAGCUCUGGCUCAAGGCGCACUACAUGGAGGCAGAAAAGGUGCGCGGCCGGCCCCUCGGGGCGGUGGGUAAGUACCGGGUCCGGCGGAAGUUCCCCCUGCCCCGCACCAUAUGGGACGGAGAGGAGACCAGCUACUGCUUCAAGGAGAAGAGUCGCUGCGUGCUGAAGGAGUGGUACUCCCACAACCCGUACCCCUCGCCCCGCGAGAAACGGGAGCUCGCCGAGGCCACGGGGCUCACCACCACCCAGGUCAGCAACUGGUUCAAGAACCGGAGGCAGAGGGACCGUGCUGCAGAGGCCAAAGAAAGGGAAAACGAGGGCGCAGGUCAGAACGGACACAACCCCCUGAUGUCUCAGAUGAGCGAGAGCAAAUCUCAGGGCGAAAGUUCAGAUGAUGAAAAAUCUCCGGCUGGAAGUCCAGACCCCACUUCCUCCAUGAGUCCGGCCCUGCUGAUGAGCUCCAGCUCGGGCCUGGCCACUCUGCACAGCUUUGGUCCCUCCCCUCCCGGACCGGGCCCCGCCACGGACCACCAUCAGCACCACCAGCCCCAUCACCACCCGCACCAGCACCAGCUCCAGCACCCGCAGCACCAGCACCACCACCUCUCCAUGCACGACGGCCUCCUCAACCCUAUGGCCGCCAGUCUGGUGGACCUGGGCUCGUAAAUGUGCUCAGAACUGCGCUGUAAGAGACCACUACUACUUUCACAAGAUACCAAAGAUCCUAAAGAAGCCCCUCUAUCCAUUUCCCUACUCAUCCCAUCAUCAUUUCACUGAACAAUCACUGCAGGACUCGCUAUGAUGAAACGUAUGAGAUGUAUCUACCUGGACAUCCAGUAGUCUUAAACCUUAAACCUUAAAAUAGUCAGGAGUUUAGGCCUGUCACGAUAACAAUCAAGAUUAUUGUCAUUUUAAGAAACUAGAACAGCUCUGGAAAAAAAUAUGAGAGCACCUACAAAUUAUAAGUUUUUUGAUUUUACCAAAUUGAAAACCUCUGGAAUAUAAUCAAGAGGAAGAUGGAUGAUCACAAGCCAUCAAACCAGGCUGAACUAAUCCAAAAGCAGUGUGUAAGACUGGUGGAGGGGAACAUGAUGCAAAGUUGCAUGAAAGCUGUGAUUAAAAACCAGGUUUAUUCCACCAAAUAUUGAUUUCUGAACUCUUAAAACUUUAUAAAUAUGUUUUUUAGCUAUUUAAUAAAUGCUCUAAAUGACAAUAUUUUAUUUGGAAUUUGGGGAAAAUGUUGUCUGUAGUUUAUAGAAUAAAAUAACAAUAUUCAUUUAAAAUCAGAGAAACUGAUUCAGAAACUGAUUCAGGUUUUUUUUUUCCACAGAUGUAUGUACAAAUAAUCCUUAAUUAUUUGAGAUACACCAAAAUAUUUUUUGGGCUGAAACAAAACCAAACACAGUGACAAUUUGGCUGAAUAAUGUUUUUUUUUUAUUUAGCCAUUUUUUUAAACAAUGCACAAAUUAAAAAGCCUAUAAAAAGGUAUAUUUUAGGGAUGCACUGAUGUGGGAAUUCUGGACCGAUAUUGAUGCUAAUACCAAUAUACAGAUUUAUGACUUACAAAUAUAUUUCCCGCCGUUAUAUAUUUUUUUACUUUCAAGCUAAUACAAAUAAAUAAAAAACAGCUUACCAAAAAAAUAGGGGUGGACAAUACAUGCCUUAAAAUAAUUUAAUAAAAUAUUUUUUGCGAUAAUAUUUAUAGUGAUAUGAAAAUAAAAAUGUAUAAAAAAUGUAUUUGAUUAAUUUCAAGAAGAUUUAUUUAGUAUAAUAUAACUGUUUCAAACAUUCAGCAGAAACAUAAUAAUAAUAAUGUAUAAGCGAUGAUGCAUAUCAAAUAAUGUACCAAAGACUAAAGUGCAGAAUAUUUAGAUAAUGAAUAAAAACUGCAAACAUAAACAAUUAUAUUAAAAUGCCCUUACUUAUAUGAUUAUCUAUUUUAAAUCCAACAUACAAAAGUAUACUCCAAAAAAAAAAAGCAAUUAUCGACAAAUACAGACAUAGUUCUGAUAUCAUUGUGCAUUCCUAGUAUAUUUGUUUUGUUUUUCAAAGAAAAGUACAAAUGUUCAGUACAAAUUAUUUAGACAUAUGAUUUUGGUCGCUAAAUAUUCAGUACAUUUAAAUAAAUACAUAUAAAAAAAUAAAACUAUGUUUUCACACUAAGUUGGAAUAAGAGCUCAUUCAUGUUAAUAUGCUCUCUUCACUAAACAAACACACUGGGCAAUAUUAAAAUCAGCUAAAAAUAUUAAGGUUAUGAUGAUACAGCGCUGUAAAAAAAAAAAUUAAUUUUACCAAAUUGAAAAACUCUGGAAUAUAAUCAAGAGGAAGAUGGAUGAUCACAAGCCAUCAAACCAAACUGAACUGCUUGAUUUUUUGCACCAGGAGUAAAGCAGCAUAAAGUUAUCCAAAAGCAGUGUGUAAGACUGGUGGAGGAGAACAUGAUGCCAAGAUGCAUGAAAACUGUGAUUAAAACCAGGGUUAUUCCACCAAAUAUUGAUUUCUGAACUCUUAAAACUUUAUGAAUAUGAACUUGUUUUCUUUGCAUUAUUUGAGGUCUGAAAGCUCUGCAUCUUUUUUGUUAUUUUAGCCAUUUCACUAAAUGGCAAUACUUUUAUUUGGAAUACUCAAGUGGUCUUUUAAUUUUUUUCCAGAGCUGUAAAUUGUAAGAUAAAUCAUUAACGCAGUUAUCGUGACAGGCCUGAUCAAGUUAAAAAUAAUAAUAAAAAAAGAAGACCAAAGAACAGACGACAGCAUCCAUCUUCUGCACUGUACUUAAAAAAAGAUGAUGAUGAUGAACCCUUUCCAUGUGAUGAUAAAUCAGUAUAAAUCUGCUGAUAGUUUUUGAUAUAUCUUGCUAUAUGUAAACUAAUAAAAUAUAUAUUGACUAAAGACAA